UGAAUAAAGUUAUUGAAAGCCUAUUGAAAAUGAGAGACAAUUUGUUUGAAAGCAAUCAAUAGUUGAAUGCGUUUUGUAUUUUCAAAAGUGUUGUCUGUUUUUAGCAGUGAUUUUAUGAUCACAAUCUUCGUGACCAACGAUGACCACCACUUCUGCCAAUAGUUUAAAGUCUCGUCUUCGAGUUGUUCCCAUCGAUGAGUGGUCAACCCGUGAGAAGUUAUGUUUGGCCUCAAGUGUUCUCAAGAGUGGCGAUCAAAAUUGGAGUUCAGUGUCGCGGCCUUUGAAGGCGUUUAGUGAACCGAACCGACCGAACGACUGGUUUCAUCAAAAGUAUUGCGCCAUUCAGUACCAGGACUUACUUGAAAAGAUUGAAACGGAAACACCAAAACGAAAGCGUAGCGAAAGAGGCGAAGAGACGCCGCAAACGAUUAUUGUCCGCAAUUUGACAAAACAACGCAUCGAAGAGUUGAGACAAAUAACAGCAAUGGAGAGGGACUUGAUUUUGAAAGUGAAACAAGACUUAGAGUUACUAAAGAAUAAGAAAAUGAGUGACAAACGCAUAGAAGAACUUCGCAUUGAAAUCAAAGAGAAGGAAACAAAAGAAAAGGAGAAAGAAAUUGAACACAAAAAAUGGUUAGAAGAAAGAAGUUUGAAAAUAUCACAAAUGACACGAAAAGGCACUUUUGCCACAAGACAUAAGCCGGUGGCAGUCAAUACACCCAUCGCUGCUGAUCUUCAGUCACCACCAAUUACUGGUGAAAAUAGUGGCACUAAAUCUCCUGUUAAUGAACCGCUUAAAGUUGAAAUUGAAUCAAAUGAUUCAAGCAAUUCACAAACUGUUACAUCAAACCAAAUCAUAGAAAAGACUACAAAUAUAACGCCUUCUCCGUCUACUUCACCACUUUUGACUUCUUUAUUACAAAGUCCUACUCCUUCAACACAAAGUAUUUUAUCGCCGACAAAGAGUGGACAAUCAGGCAAACAAAUUACGCGACAAAUUAGUUCCACUCAUUUGUCUAGUAUUAUAAGACAACCCACGACAAGUGAUGUGACAAAUGAAAAGAUCUCUGAAUCACCCGUAAAGAAGACAACUAUUCAACCGUCAAAAGAGAAAAUAUUUGACAAAAUUGAUAGCAAAGAACAAACUCCUUGUAUUGGUUUUUCUAAACUCUCAAAACUGCUUGAAUCGACAAAUACAUCUAAAUCUAAACAGUCCGACACAGAAGUUAAUAAAGAAUCAAAUGACACAUCGGAUCAAUUGAACGUUUCUACAACUGAAGACAAACGUUCAAAAGUAAAGGGGAAGGACAAGAAAGAUUCGGAAAAUACGGAAGAAGUGGUUAAGAAAGACGAGUCAAACGAACGAUCCCUUAGAAGUAGAGACAAAAACGAUGAGCAAAAAGUUGAAAAACAUUUAUCGGAAAAAUCAGAAGAUAAAGAAGUGGAUCAAAAUACAGAUAAAAAAGAUGAAGAAAAUGUUGAAAUUGUUUCUAUCAAACAGGAAAUCAUCGAUAUUAAUGUAGACGAAGAGUCGCCAAACAAAGAAAGUGAUAAAUUAAUUGUAAAAACAGAACCAACUGACACAAGCAAUGCUAUUACUUCUGACGAUUCAAAGACACCAUUGAAUCGUUCCAAACGAUUACGAAAACCUGCAGUAGUAGUUACUACUACUACUACUACUACUACUACUAAUACUAAUACUACUGCGGCGAGUACACCACAAAGUGGCCGUAGAUGGUCGCGAAGGGUCGCACAGAAAGACGCAAAAUUAGCAAAUGAUGACUCGACUGAAAUGAGCGAUCAAUCGGUUGCUAACACUCCACAAGCUAUUAAAAAGCGCGGAUCAAUUGACGACACAACUGAAACAUCAAUGAGCGAAGAAUCUAUGGACGCAAAAUUAACGACGACAUCUGUCGCAAGUGAAACAGUUCCCAAUAGCCCGGCUUCGGUUAAAACUGAAGACAUAAAAGAAAGCGAUUCCAAAGAGUAUAAGACAUGGAAGAAGGCUGUUAUGGUUAACUGGCGUUUAAUAAGUUCCCAUAAAUAUGCCUCACUAUUUUCACAUCCCGUUACUGAAUCUGAAGCUAAAGGUUACGAAGAAAUAGUGAAGAAACCAAUUGAUUUGAAUAGUAUUAAGAAGAGAAUAGAAAGUGGAGUCAUUCGGACGACAAUUGAAUAUCAAAGAGAUAUUCUUAUAAUGUUUCAAAACGCUCUUAUGUUUAACAACGCCAGCAAUGCUGUCCAUAAAUGGACAGUCGAUAUGCAAAAAGACACGAUUGCUAGUAUUGAAGACUUUAUUGCUAAUUUCGAUAACAGAAAACCUGAUAAUAUUAACAGUGAAUCCAAAUUAAGAGGAAGAGAACGAAGAAGUAAUGUAUCAACAAUGAUAUCACCGAUUGUUACUGACAGUGAUCUGUCAGUCCGUCGGAAAAGUCGGUGCGCCUCCACUGACACCGAUUCCAAUGCAUCGAGUCUUAACAAAUCAGUGACAAAAAAGCGAAAGAUAUGAUAUAAUACACAAG